AUGGAGUUCCUACUGAACGAUGGAUACACACAGGAGGAUAAAAACUGCGUUGUAAUUAACCAAACUGAUGAUUUCAUCAACCAAGAAAACGACAUACACAUAAGUGUUGUAAAGCCAAUCACCAAGCGCACCAUUCAUUCAGAAUGUGAGAAGAUAAACGCAUUUUACAAGCCAAUCGAGCUGGUAGAAGAAGUUAAUACGUAUGUCAAAAAGGGAGAGGAGUAUCUCGUGAAAUUAUAUGAAAAUUUGAAGAAGGAAGAAAAAAGAGAAAAUGAAGAAGCCGUGAAAAAGUGGACUAAUUCGACUGCAAGGGUGGUGCCGCGCUCAGGUCAGCUUUACAACACAAAGUACGCACAUGAAAUGGGGGUAACUACAGAGCAUCCAACAUCUAACAUAUUUAAUGGUGAGAAUGGAUAUGGUGGACCCAAGUUCGAAACAUUGUUCGUUCCCAAAUUAAAAAAAAAUAUCGAAAUUGUUAAUUGCUUGAAGGAGAAUGUCAAUGUCGAUUACACCUACUUGGUUCCCAAGCCCGUUGUCAUACCUGUUCAAGUUCCUAUGUUAAAAUUUAGAGAUAAUUUUAAAAUAGUUCCAAUCCGUAAGAAAAUCAUCCCUCUGAUCAGGUACACAGAUGAGGUUAUCUACGUGGAUUGUUGUGUUGAGAAGCCAUACAUCGUUUACGAAAAUAUUAUCGCGCCUGUUCCCUGUGAUGUCCCCAUAGAAGAGCGCAAGUACAUCGAGCACGCCCCUCCUGUGCAAGAGUGA